GCCGGCGAGUGCGCCGGCGAUCAUGUUGAUGUGCAGCGGGUAGCCCUCGCCGAGGCCUUCGUAGUCGACCUCCUCCUCGGCGGACGCAGCCGGAGCGGCGACGACAUCAGCGGCGGCCAUGGCGGGCGCGGGGCGGCGGGGUGUGCGGGCUAGAGAAGAAAAAGGCGAGCGCGCAGGAAGAUUAGAGGAGCAGCGGCCGAGAAGCGAGACGUGCGCAGCGGGCGGCGUGAGGGUGCGGCGGGCCGAAGGAGAGUGUUGAUGGCGACGGCAGCAGACGUGCGAGCGGCGGACCCCGAGGCGGCUGAGGCGGAUCUGAUGGUGGGGGAGAGAGGGAAGCGCACGGCGAGAACUGGAAGGAGCACGGGCGGAGCGGCAGCGCACGGCUCGGCUUGCCUUUGCUCUCGCAGCGCGCGUCAGCCUGCGCCGCGGCUCGCCUGCUGCCCGCCUCGGCGAAGGCGAAGGCCGGCCGCGUGCGCCGUAAGCGCGCCAUCGCCGGGCCGCCUCUUCGCCAUCAGCACAUGGCCUUUUCCUCACUCUACCUCCUCUUCUCGAGAAUCCUACUUCCGUCCUGGAUGCCUGCUGCUGGCUAUCGGGGUGUUGCAGCAAGCUCUAGACGGGCUGCGCUCUGCUAGAAAAGAAGGGCGUCGCUCGCCCUCUCGCUGCCCGCAACACCCUGCCGGUGCCGCUGCGUGCGUGUGCGCUUGCUGCCCAUGGCACGUUCUGUGGUGCCUGACCUGCCGCAGCAGAUCUCCUUUGGCGGUAUGCUGCGUCCUCACCGCGGAUCAAGCGCAGAUGAAAGAGCCUUGAUGGCACCGAGGGGUUGAGGCGGACGGGAGCGGACGACCCAGAGCUGGUCACGUGAGCGAACGCUCCAGCUCUC